UUCCUGGAGCUGGCCCCAGAGCCUCAUGUUUCUCUCUCUUAUGUUGGCAGGCAUUGAGAAGUUAAUCUUCCUCUACUGGAGCAGCUUCUCUUCUUUUCUGUACUCAGAGGAAGCCAAAAGGAAAAGACCCCAGCUGCCAUGAACUCUGCCAUCACCAGCUGUGAGCACCCUGGCCCCUUGCCUGUUGUUCUCUGACGCCCUCACUGAUUGUCCCACACAUUCACUGAAACCUGCCGAUAAGUGCUCCAGAGUUCCCUCCGGCAGCGUCCAGGCUAUCUGUGGCUCGUCCUCGACCUCCUCAUGUUAUGGAAAUGACAGGCCAGCCAAGAAACAAGCACCACUCAGAGGGUUGGAGUACUCAGACGUAUUAUGCCGGCGGGCUCAGAGGGGCUUCUGCUCCGAAGCUCCAAGCACCUCCAAGACGUGUGCAUGAGCAGACGGUUGAUGGUGUGCUCAGCUCCCAUGAAGGUGGCCAAGGAAGGGAGAAGGGUGGCCAGCCCAGGAGUCCCAGCAGCAGCCCCCUGGCUUACGGCGUCCUGGAUAUCCCACCAUGGUAUCUCUGCAUCUUCUUGGGGGUCCAGCACUUCCUCACGGCCCUGGGGGGGCUUGUGGCAGUGCCACUCAUCCUGGCCAAGGACCUGUGUUUGCAGCACGACCCCCUGACCCAGAGCUACCUCAUCAGCACCAUGUUCUUCGUCUCUGGUAUCUGCACUCUCCUGCAAGUAUUUUUAGGAGUCAGGCUUCCCAUUCUCCAGGGAGGGACAUUUGCUUUUGUGGCACCUUCCGUGGCUAUGCUGUCCCUUCCCACUUGGAAGUGCCCCACAUGGACACUCAAUGCCAGCCUGGUGAACACCAGCUCUCCUGAAUUCACUGAGGAAUGGCAGAAGAGGAUCCGAGAGCUGCAGGGAGCCAUCAUGGUCGCUUCCUGUGUCCAGAUGCUGGUGGGCUUCUCUGGCCUCAUUGGCUUUCUCAUGCGCUUCAUUGGCCCCUUGACGGUUGCUCCGACCAUCGCCCUGGUGGCCCUGCCUCUCUUUGAUACUGCGGGCAGUGACGCUGGGAUCCACUGGGGGAUUGCCGCCACGACUGUCUUCCUCAUCGUGCUGUUUUCUCAGUACCUGAAAAGCAUCGCGGUGCCUGUGCCCGUUUACGGACGAGAGAAGAAGUGUCACACCUCUAAGUUCUACCUGUUUCAGGUCUUCCCUGUGCUGAUGGGGCUCUGCAUUUCCUGGCUGCUCUGCUUUGUGCUCACCAUCACCAACGCCCUCCCCUCGGUACCCACAGCCUACGGGUACCUCGCCCGAACUGACACCAAAGGCAACGUCCUGAACCAGGCUCCUUGGUUUCGUCUCCCUUACCCAGGACAGUGGGGCCGCCCCACCAUCAGCCUGGCUGGGGUCUUUGGGAUCAUCGCAGGGGUGAUCUCUUCCGUGGUGGAGUCAGUAGGCGAUUAUUAUGCCUGUGCCCGCCUGGUGGGGGCACCACCUCCUCCUAAGCAUGCCAUCAACCGAGGCAUUGGCAUCGAGGGCCUCGGCUGCCUGCUGGCAGGGGCCUGGGGGACGGGGAACGGCACCACGUCCUUCAGCGAGAAUGUCGGCGCGCUGGGCAUCACCAGGGUGGGGAGCAGGAUGGUGAUUGUUGCCGCGGGCUGUGUGCUGCUCCUGAUGGGCAUAUUUGGGAAGAUCGGGGCUGCAUUUGCCACCAUCCCAACCCCCGUGAUCGGAGGCAUGUUCCUGGUGAUGUUCGGGGUCAUCACUGCCGUGGGGAUCUCCAAUCUUCAGUACGUGGACAUGAACUCAUCCAGAAACCUCUUUGUCUUUGGCUUCUCCAUCUACUGUGGGCUCGCCGUUCCCAGCUGGGUGAACAAGAACCCAGAGAAGGUCCACACAGGAAUUCUCCAACUGGACCAGGUCAUCCAGGUGCUGCUGACCACGGGCAUGUUUGUUGGUGGACUUCUGGGCUUUCUACUGGACAACACCAUCCCUGGAAGUCUGGAGGAGAGAGGCCUCCUGACAUGGAAUCAAAUCCAGGAGGAGUCUGAGGAGACGACUAAGGCCUUGGAGGUCUACAGCCUCCCCUGUGGGAUUGGCACCAAGUUCUGCACGUCCUCCUGCACCCGGGGCCUCCCCUUUUGGCCCAGGCUGGAACAUGGUGGGAAAGGUGAGGUGGGAGUGAGCCAGCUCACACUCUGCUCCCAGGACUCCUCAGGAGAGCGGCCAAAGGGGGCCACAGAGACCAGGAUGUGAGACCUCUGCUUCUGCACGUCCCAAAGCCCUCUCCACCGCCCCACCGAAUGCGCUGAUCUCCCCGCUCACGUACGGGUGGGCACCCCGCCCUCUCAAGCACCGCUCCACCCCACCCAUGGUGGCAGAUGAAUAAGUAUUAGUAUUAAAUUAAGACCAUGACAAGCGUAUUUGGAUCUGGUCACUUGGUCAUCGAGGUCUGGCCUCAAGCUGUAUCCUUAGGUGUAACUGCUCCAGCCCUCCCGUCCGCAGUGUAAACCAGUGCAGCCCGAUGUCCACACAGAAACCCUCUUAGUCCAUGUGCUCUUGGAAGUAUUUUGGUGCAUUGCGAGGAAGAGGCCCCUUAGAGGGGAUGGAGACAGGGCUAUUUGCUGAAAGGUGACAGGAACAGUUCUCUUCCUCCUCAAAGAGGCAGGAGGCUUUGCUGGCCCCUCCAAGCCCCUGCCCUUUGUAAACACUGAAGGGCCAGGAAAGCCACAAUCUCUGCAUAUUCCCAGUGCCACACCUCAGGGUCAGCUCAUGCAUCACAGGAGGAUGCAGUGAGGUGGCGAGAGCUGGAGUUGUGGAGUCAGACAGAACUGGGUUUGCGUGUUGGGUUCUCAUGGGAAGAUGAAACAGUCAAAGCAUUUGAGAGGCCUUCGGUGGAGGGGAGCUGCUGCUGUUAUGAUUUAUAAAAAACUGUAAAGAGCCAGGUGAACCUGUUCUCUCUGCAUACUCAGUGGGUUAGUCAGGAUUUUCUAGAUGUGUGUGUGUGUAUACAUACAUAUACCUACACAUGCAAACAUGUGUACAGAUUUUAUAUAUAUAUAUACAUGUACAAACACACACAUAUGUAUGGGAGGAGAGAGAUUAAGACACAGAGAGAGAGUGAGAUUUAACAAAUGGGCUAUGUGAUUGUGGAGGCUGGCAA